CAACCGCCAUUUAUUGUUGCUGUGCCAUGCAAGGCAUAAUAAUUAAUACAUCCCUAAUGUUCACCUUUCAAUAUGACCACCUUUUUUUACAAAUUAAACCUGAUCCCUAAAUGCUUCUUUGCUGCUAGUGCAAUGCAAUGAAUGUGAUUAAUUAACCAGAAAUUGUCUAAUUACUGUUUGUGUGUUUCUGAUGGAUUAGAUAUUUCUUGUACCACCUGAAAUUGGAUGUGGGUCAGUAUGUAAUUUUACCCACACGAACCAGCACCAUUUCUCUGACCAUCCCAUCUGAGACUAUAGAGCGAUACACAUAUGGAUCUAACAAUUCUUGUACAUAAUUUAUCAUACAUAUGAUGGAAUUUGAUUUUUUCCAGUCCUGAUAAGUUUACAAUCUACCUUAGGGUCCACUUACUAAAAUGGAGAACCUAAACCAAAAUGCUGCUGUAGACACUGAGAGUACUGUUCGACAGUUUAAAGAGUUUCUACAACAAUAUAACAAAUUAUCAGAAUAUUGUUUUGGUGAUUGUGUUACAGAUUUUACAACAAGAAAAGUUUUAGAUUCAGAGGAAUCCUGUGCCUUAAAUUGUUUAGAAAAAUUUCUUAAGAUGACACAAAGAAUAUCACUGCGCUUCCAAGAACACCAAUUACAGCAGAGUGGUGGUAUUAAUAUACAGGGCAUGACUAAAUAAUACCAUGUAUAUUUUUGUGUUCUAUUUCAUAUUGUAAAUAUACUAUUAUAUAGUCAUGACUGAUAAUAUUAAAGCAAGCAUGUGGAGACAGUUGACAUUUAAUAAAAUAAUAGUUAUGAUAGCAGAUGGACAUUGAUUUAUUCAGUACUAAAAGGCCAAGCAGAAUAGAAUAAUGAUCUACAUAUAGACUAUUGUUUGAGAUACAUGAUGGUGUUUUGUUAGAUAUUUACAUAUGUGCACCUUCUAGAUUGCAAGGAAUAGAACAUUGUUUAUAUGGUUUCCAUUACCAUCACAGGUUUUGAUUGACAGCGAUGCAAGGGGUAAUGUGUGUGUAUUUUAGUGAAAAGAAUAAAUAAACUGCCACAAACACAUAA